AUUCCAUUCAAAAUCAUUUGUAUAUGUAUGUUAUCCUCUUUACUCUUCUUUCAAUCAAUAUUGAAUCAUAUACCUUUACUCUUUCUUAUUACCAACAUAUCUCUCUCUUUCUCUUUCUCUCUCCCUCAUGGGCAAUAUUAUCGUGUCUCCAGGCUGCUUCAACCCAAACCCUAACUCAGCAGUGAUACUAAUAUUCUGGGAAGGCACUAAGAGAAUUCUCAAAGGAAAGAAACACAUAGCAGGUGAGAUCAUGUUCGAGUUCCCUGACAGAAUUGUCUGCCAUGCCGAUUCAUUCUUCAUAGGUCACCCAGUUCCGGCCUUAGGCAUCCAAGACCCGCUCCUCAGUGGCCAAACAUACUUUGUUCUUCCCAUAGACAGCUUCUCCAACGGUGUACUCACGGCCUCUUCCCUCGCCGCCUUCGGCUCCUCACCGAGCCCCAAUAACAAGGCCACAAGUCCCAUUAAUUUUGGCGGUAAUACCUCCCCGUUCGAGUACUUAAAGGGCUCAAAUGGAAGGGCUUUGAUCAAGGUUUCACCAGAGUUCUUAACCAAAUUGGUUAUGAGAGGUAAGGAAGAGGGUUCGGGUUGUGAUAGUCAAUGCAAUAAUGGUAGAUUUCUUUGCAACACUCCGGAGCUUCAAAAGCACUAUGAUCAGCUAGUGGGAUCAAAAGAACAAUUAUGGUCGCCUAAGCUUGAGACCAUCUCUGAGCAUAAGAUUAGGUUUUCACCAUGUAGAUUUAUAGGGUUAGAAUGGAAAGUAAAAGAGAAGGAAGCGUUAUGAUAGCGUAUAUAUUUAUUAAUUUGUAUCCUUAUUUGUUGUUCAUUAAGAACUUAAUUUCAUUUAUGGUUUUUGUCUCUAAUGAAAUGUUAGACACACCAUAUUAUAUAGAUAGAUAUAUACUACGUUAUAAUUGUCAGUUAAUUAAUUUUGUCGAAUUUUGUACAUAUAUAGUAGACUAAAUUGUUAGGAGUACAUAUAUAGUAUAAACAUUAAUCAUACUUUGACGUAAAUUUGUCUUUGUUUUUCUUCCUUUGACCCCUCUGAUCUCUUCCAAUAUUUAUGAUGUGCGUGUAAAAUUCUGUACACAUGGAGGGUUUUUGAUUAAAAAGAUUAGAAAGGACAAUGAACAAUUUUACAAGUAUGUUGGUUCGUGAGGCUGCUCGGCUUGGGCAUGGAUAGAACCACUCAUAAUUUUAUGAUCAGAAUUGCAAUUAAAAAUAUUGUAAUGAUCAGUAUUUCAAAUUCUUCUAUCGUUUUAUUGUUUUUGGUAGAAAGGUAUAUAUCUUGUGCCUGCUGAUCUACCUCUGCUUAUUGUUUGUAUCAAGAAUUUUGUGUACAAUUAUCUUUUUUCUCAGAAUA